AUGGAACCUAAUUUCUUUAACAACUCGGGGCUCAUGCUCCUCUGCAAGGACGGCAGCGCCGUUCGCGCUAUCGAUGUUUUGAAGGACUCUGAGUACGUGCUUAUGUACUUCUCCGCGCACUGGUGCCCGCCAUGCCGCGCUUUCACUCCGCUGCUGAAGAAGUUCUACGAGACCCACCACGCCAAGAAGAAGUUCGAGGUUGUAUUCAUGUCGAUGGAUCGAUCUGAGAGAGAGAUGAUGAACUAUUUCCGUGAGUCGCAUGGAGACUACUACUGCCUCCCGUACGAGGAUGCGAAGUCGAUGGCCCGCGUGUGGGGGGACUCAUACAAGUUCAAGUCAAUUCCUACGCUUCUUGUGUUCGAGAACGCAAAUCCGCGCAGGCUGAUUGCGCGAUGCGGACGAAACAUGGUCACCCAAGACCCAUCUGCGGAAGCGUUUCCUUGGCCCGAUGCAGACGCGAUGCAGCCGACUGGGUUACCCAUCUUUGAGUACGCCUGUAAGGCAGUCAUUCUGGUUGGUAUCUUGUCUCUCCUCUACUCGUUGAUGAGCCGCAGCUCGUGA